ACUUAACGACCAGUUUAUAAGAAAGGUGGACAAGUCAAAAUAGUUUGUGUCGGCGUCAGCACUAUUUGAAGCUCUUUGAGGCCAAUGACCAGCAAGCACCACCACCACACUCAUUCCUACAUGUAAGAAACGGACAACUCCGUUAAUUUCCUAGCAAUAAAUCAACAAGAGAAAGCCGUGUCCAAGAGUUGUGUUCUAACAGACACCCCUGGAGCGAACACAACACACCAACCAGAUAUCUAGUUAUUUAAUUUCUCACCUACAUCUAUCAAAAAUCAUCUAUCACAUCUAUCAAAAAUCUAUCAAAAUAAGUCACAGGUAGUGUCUUAUUUGCCCAUUUCGAAAAACAUUGCAUUUCUUUCGCCAUCACUUUCUGAAAUUCUAAAGUAAAUCAAAGGCUCUUGUCAAUAGAGAAUGAGGCGCACCAAUGCCAGGGGGAUAGAAGAUAGGCACUUCGGUGGGGAACACAAGACCAUAAACACAAUGCGAGAUCUGGAGGAUCUUCCUUGUCGUAUCAGCAUCAUAAAAGACAUCCCCCAGCUCCCAGAAAUAGAGUUUCAUAUUUCUAAAUUAGUACAUGUCACCACUAAGUCUGGCUUGGAAGGAAUCUUGAAAUCAGGGGGGUUUCAGGGAUUUAAGGGGGGGUUUCAGGGACAUGAUCCACAUCUCCUAUGGUGGGGUUUGGCUAUUGAAGAUGCGGACAUCCAAAUUGCAGAGGACCGAUUCCUGGAAAAGAAAGCCUUGCAGAAGAGCAUGCAGGAACCCUUCCUAACCAAAUUCACUACCUCACCAGCAUUCCAGAUGGACAAAUCUCGUUAUGGGAACUUUAAGUUUACUUUCAGUCUGGGGGACAUGUUGCAGAUGUACAGGGAGCAGAUUUGUGGUGGAGAUGGGCCGGUAAUGAGAGUUUAUGGGACUACUGUUUACAAACAAGAGAUCAUGUACACUGUGAUUGUCCACAGCCCCAGUGUGACGGAGUUUGACCAGUACCCAGAUCUUAACAAAUGUGGAGAUGAUCCUGUUUGUAUAUUUAACAACAACAACAUUGUUUGGCGGGCACAAGCAUUGUCAAAAACUCAUAAUUUUAGGCCUGUAAUUCACAACGAAAGGCCAAACAUUAUAGAAGUAGAGCAGUUUGUUCCUUUGCAAGAAAAGGAUAAGUGGUUUGUCUGGGACAAUGUGACCGUGGCGUUUCAUGUGCCAGAAGGCCAAACACUGAGACUAAGCAGGGAGAGGCUGAUCCAAAACCUCACUGCCUGUGAGGCUGCUGACCCAUUCAUUGGGAAUGGGCAUCGUUUUCCCCUCCCAGAGGCCCAAAGUAUAGUUGCGCAGUUAAAAGUAGAGUUAAAGACAGGAACAAACAAGUUAAAUCAGUCAGAUCAUUUACCGUAAAAUGAUAUACUUUGUACUAUGAGUCAACAAAUGUUUGUUGACUCAUAGUAUGUGUUUUUGAUUCAACCUUGGAACUAAUUAGUUACAUAUUGACAGACAUGACGAGCAUGGUUUAAUCAGCUGAAAAUCAUGUGUCUUAUCGAUGUUAUAGUAGACAUUUAUAGCCAUUAUAAAAGCUAAUAAUCCUUUACUGAGCUGAGCCCUUCUCUGGAUAUCAUGUACAGUGUUUGUAUAUUGCUGCUUUAUUGCUGCUGUAUGAGCACCAACCAGGAGGUCAGACAUGAAGCAUACAAUGUACUUUACUGCACGCCCACAGAUGGUCACUAGGUUGUGGUUUAUUCUCAUUAUUCAGCACAAGUUCUUUUGGUACCACUAGGGUGCAACAAAGCUCCAAAUACGUUUAUACAAGACACAUUGAAUGAUCUAUCUUCAAGUUACCACAAUGUCUAUUUCCUUUACAUAGACAUUCACCACCUCUCCAUCUUGAUUCCUACUCAGCCCUUUCAGCUAGUCACCUUUGAAGAGGUCUGUCCUUAAACCACUGAUCGGUUAACAAUAAGAUAAUGAUGACUUUAUUACUUUUAUUCUGUUUGUAAUGUUCUGAAUAUAAUAAACAAUGUUUGAUCUAUACCUUGCUAUAUUAAGUUGAUGAGCACAUAACCCUUGGUUAUGUCCAGGAGAGAAAUAUGCCUAUCUAUUAAUUAUGUUUUUUUGUAUCAUUGAUAAACUGUCAUUAUGCUGUUUUCUUAUGCCUGCAAAGCCAUAAGUUAGUUCUUUGUAAGGUGUGACUAGGAAAGGCCUGUGUCACUAAUGUAAGUCAGAGGUCACAAUAUUGCCAAAGUGUAUAAUGCCAUGCAACUUUGAAUGAGGAAAAUAGAAGGAACAUCAAGGCCAUUUCUAGGAGCCCUAUCUAAAGACCUAAACAAAAGCUAUCUAGAACACAGUCCUUUUUCAGUGCCUGUGAAUGCUAUGCUAAUCAUUUUGUAUCCUCUCAUAUUGUGAUACCAUAUACUCCCUUGAUUUGCUGUAUUCAUGGUGCAGUCCUCUGAGAUGCUCAACUUGAGUGUAUCAGACAGCUGCACCUUACAGAUCUGUAAUAAAUACGUUGAUUUUGUCUUGAA